AUGGGUUCAGCACAUUCCGUACCAGCAGACUUUACUCAACCAGCACGAGGUAUAACUGUCGCCCUUCUUGUGAUUACCAGUAUUGGCAUCAUAUGCCGGAUCUUAUCUCGACGUAUUCAACGUGCCAGCCUAGGCCUCGAUGAUAUACUAGUUUACAUUGCAUUUGUAAAUGAACACUCCCUGGUUCAUGCUCAGACUAACGAAGGAUUUCUAGCUAGCAAAUACUGGCCUACUGGCUACUACACUAACGAAUCAACAGAAGCCUCUCAUAGGGCCUUCUCUCUCCCCGCACUGCGAAAGAGCACAAGUGAGGAGCAGCUUUAUCUAAAAAGGGUGACUGUUGCUCUUGGCAUAUUAUACGCUGUUUCCCUGCUUUUUACCAAGAUCUCUGUUCUUUUUUUGUACCGCCGAAUCUUCACCAUGAAUACACGAUGGUUUCGUAACGUUUGGUGGUUUAAUCUGCUUUUCCUCUUUCCGGGCUGGACCGUACUGGCAUUUACACUUCUCGGUUUGCAGGUAACUCCACAGGGAAGCAAGCUACUCACGAGUAAGCUGAGCAUAAUAGGCUCGCCAUUGGUCGGCGGGUUGAACUCCGUAUCCGACCUUCUAGUUCUGAGUAUGCCCGUAAGAAUGGUUAUAAAGCUCAAGAUGCCUUUGAGGGAAAGGCUGGGAAUAUUGUUGUUACUGUGCAUGGGAUUAGGCGCAACAUCAAUUUCUAUCAUGAGAGCCAUACGAUUUCACAUAAAACGCAAAAAUCAUUGGAAUCCUGCAUACGGAUUAUACAAUGAUGUGGUAUUGACUAUCGUCGAUAGCUCCACUUGUCUGAUUUGUGCUUGCUUUACGAUUGUCAAGCCUCUGAUCAGAAAAGCCAAAGAAGUGUCGAUCACAAGUGCUACAAGUCUCCUAUCUCUGCGUUCGGCCAAUAGCAGCAGAGUAACUGGCACUCAAUAUGCAGCGAGCGAUAACCAGAGUCUAAAUCGUAAGCCAAGCAACGACCCACAUGGUAUAUAUCGCGUAGACAGGUUCGAGGUUGAGGUUAAUAACAGCCAGUUCGAUAAAAAGGGUAACAAUAUUGUCCUCAAGAGCUACAUAGUCGGCAAGUAG